GGCAUUUGUCGUGCAGUACUAACAUUUCCUACUACACCUAAGCAGCACAGCUAGAGUGACAGCGGGCUGUCCUUGCUAGCUUAGCUUGCAAAAAACAACGCAACAACAAUAAAUAGACAGAAAGCCAUUUGAUAACCGGGGUUCUUAACGGUUAUGUUUUCCCGCUCACCUGGUCUCAUCGGAGGUGUUGGACUCAGGUGUUGAGCAGAUGUCAGAGAGUGGGGGUGCACAAGGGGGUUUGUCUCCAUCUGACCCGCCCUUCCAGGAUCAGUUAGAGAACUCCUGUCACUCUGCGACAGCAGAGAAAACAGCAGAGGUUCAGGAGUUGCCCGUUGUAGACGAGGCGUCUCCGUCUUCUGCCUCAUCUUUUGAAAUGGUUGACAUGGAGCCUGUCCCGGCUCCAUACCAGAAAGUACAGCCACACUGGUUCUUCAGCAGACAAGUGGAUGAUAAUGUUGAUUGGUUUCCUUUUAGCAGAGAAGACUCUGAAAAACUUGAGAAUGCCUGCAACAGUGAAAAAGAGGAGGUGGUGGUUGCUGUGGAUGGAGAGCGCUAUGAUAUCCACGUCAAAGAGAGAAAGCGUUACGCCGUUUACUGGGAACAGGCUCCGGCUGAAGUCCGCCGCUGUACCUGGUUCUACAGAGGCGAUAAAGACACCAGAUUUAUACCAUACUCUGAGCAGUUCAGCAACAGUUUGGAGGAGGCCUAUAUGAACGCAGUGACCAAAGACGAGUGGAAGAAGAAGCUGGAAUUUCCCACAGGAGAGACAAUCAUUCUACAUAAUCCCAAGCUUAUAAUGCAGUACCAGCCAAUGGUGUUUCAGGAGGAGUGGGUAUCAUCCCCGUCUGAGCACACACGGCCACGCACAGUCAAGAGGGGAGUUGAAAACACCUUUGUAGAAAUUCCUGAUGGUGAACCAGAAAAGGUGGAUCAUCUAGUUUUCAUGGUCCAUGGUAUUGGUCCUGCCUGUGACCUGCGCUUUAGGUCCAUCAUACAAUGUGUCAACGAUUUCAGGAGUGCUACUCUGUCCCUCCUGUCCACUCAUUAUAAGCAGUCUCAACUGGAUGGCAAGGUGGGAAGAGUUGAGUUCCUCCCAGUGAACUGGCAUAGUGCUUUACACGGGGACGCCACUGGUGUGGAUGCGGACAUCCAGAGAAUCACUUUGCCCAGCAUCAGCAGGCUGAGACAUUUCACCAAUGACACACUGCUAGACCUGUUUUUCUACAAUAGCCCAACCUACUGUCAGACCAUUGUGGACACGGUAGCCUCAGAGAUCAACAGACUUCACACCCUCUUCAAACAGAGACACCCAGAGUUCAGUGGGGAGGUUUCAGUAGUGGGCCACAGCCUCGGGUCACUGAUUCUGUUUGACAUGCUAACGAAUCAGAGGAUCAGUGUGGAAUCCACAAAGGAGCCGCUCUUAGAGGCUUCCAGUAAUCCGGGGUGUGACACUCUUCACCAGGCUCUGGCCAAACUAGGCUUACAGCAGUUCUUGCCCACACUACAGGCAGAAAAUCUGGACCUGGAUUCACUGGCUCUUUGCCAAGACAAUGAUCUGAAAGACUUGGGAAUUCCUCUUGGUCCACGAAAAAAGAUUCUGAACUGCGUCAAGAGGAAAUGUCUCCCAGAGGAUUGUAAAGUGGCAGCAGCCCGACUAGGACCAGGUGCACAAAAUCUACCUCAGGAUCCCUCUGGAAGUGAAGUUGAUGGUGACCUAUUGUCAGAAUCAACAAAACAGCCGACGCAGUUGCACAGAGCACAGUCCAUCACCAGUGCUGUGGACUACGAGUACUUCAACGUGGGUAUUGGACAGGUGUCCGUAGAUUACCCGCAGUUAGCAUUCCACCCACAGACAUUUUUCGCUUUUGGUUCACCUAUCGGGAUGUUCUUGACUGUCCGUGGACUUAAACGCAUCGAUCCCAACUACACCUUUCCGACCUGCAAGAGCUUCUACAACAUCUAUCACCCAUUUGACCCGGUUGCGUAUCGGAUUGAGCCCAUGAUUGUGCCAGAAGUAGACCUGGAACCUAUGCUUAUUCCUCACCAUAAAGGUCGCAAGAGGAUGCACUUGGAACUCAAAGACAGCUUGACUCGCAUGGGGAUGGAUUUGAAAAACAAUGUUCUGGGGUCAUUAAGAACAGCAUGGCAGUCUCUUUCUAGACUACCUGUUGCUGCGCUGCCCCCAGUGGAAGCAGGAGAAACUGCAAUAGUGGAAACUCCACAAGAAACCCAAGGUGUGUGUGACGAACCAGACAUGUCUGGAUCAGCAGAAGAGAAAGACCAGUCCCAGAUCAAAGUGGGAAUGCUAAAUGGAGGAAGGAGAAUCGACUAUGUACUUCAGGAAAAACCCAUUGAGAGCUUUAAUGAAUAUCUGUUUGCUAUUCAGUCACAUCUUUGCUACUGGGAAUCUGAGGACGCUGCUCUGCUUUUGUUGAAGGAAAUCUACGACAAGCUCGAUGUGGCUUUUGAUCAGCCACAACAGUGAUAAAGAGCAAAACCUCCAUGUUAAAAUUGCAAGACAGCUGUCAUGAACUGAGUACUAUUCCAAAAAGCCUUACUGUUUAGAGUAAUACUCCUGACCCUUCGUCGAUGUAUUUUAAACGUGAACUUGAAAACCGCGUCUGGUGUCCACCUUCAUACCUCCGUCUCACUGUUUGAUGCACUUUCAUGUAUUUCAAAUGAUUUUUGUUUUACUCUGCACUUUCUCUGAAAAGCAAGUCAGUGACUUUCAGUGUAAUGAUACGCACAAUUCCAUCCCAAAUCCUAUAAUAUUCACAAUACUUGCAAGAUGUGUAUGGGGCAUUUGUUUCUGUACCAUCUUUCUUACAGACCAUAUAUAAUAUAGUUGCUUGCCUUACUUUUGUUGACUUUAAAUUGAAGGUUUGAUGUUCUCUUUAUUCAAUUCUCCUGGCAGCUUUAAGUUUUAUAUCUAUGGGACUGCUGCUUCUGCUCAUCAGACAAACAGAAUAGUUGAUGAAAUGAAAACAUAAAACUUCUUUUAUGUACCAAAAGUAUUCCUUAUUUGUUUUAUUGUGCAAAUAUCUAUGUGUAGCUAUGAUUGUGCUGUAGUUCAGCUUUUCAAAUGGCAGGAAAAUCUCUUGUUUACUGGACAUCAAAAAAGUCAAAUCAAUUUCAGUUUGAGUUUCAUGUGAAGUAAAUGUUCAAUUGUUGCACAGAAAAUGCACUUAAUACUUCACCAAAAUCGGACUUGCUUUGUCGCCGUUAUUAAAUGUGUG